UCCCUGAUGAUGUGAUGAUGAUUUCCUGACAAACCAAUUCAUCCUCCCACCGUCUCGCUGUCUUCCUCUCGCUCGUCGACGACCACCGCCUCCCGGUGCUGCUUCCCCUCCGCCCCACGCCGCCUCCUUGCGCGCACGUCCCGCGUCGCGGCGUUGCCGCCCCACUCUCCUUGUCCCGCAUCGCGGGCAGCCGCUCCUUCCCUCGUGGCCCGGCACCCACUGAUUUAGUGCUUAAAUUGGGGAUUUUUCUACCGGAUCUCUCGCGGUGGCGGUGGUGGCGGCGCGGCGAAGCUCGAUUCGAGUUGGCGGAGAUCCAAUCGUUGUGUUGCUGCUCGUGGCGGCAACGCGGAGCUCCAAUCCGGUGUUGUUGCUGGAUUCGGCCGAGGUCGUGGUAAAAAUGGUUUCUUUGCUGGAUUCGGCCGAGACACGGAGGAGAGGGAGCCGUGGUGCUGCGGCGAGAGGGCCGAGCUGCGACGACAGCUGCCCCAACCCGGACAGCAUCGUCCAGGCGCGCGUGUAUGAAGGCCGAGGCUCCACUUCCACGACUCGUCAACGACAGUAUGUAUUGCUUAAUAACCUGAAUGGCUGUGACGGCUGGAUUCGGCCAAGACGCAGAGGAAUUGCCAUCCCAAGCUCCUCCCCAAGCUACUGUCCGGAGCUGCUGCUGCCUCGCCGAGCUGCUGUCGAGCACAUCCACAUGAAGAUGCUGCAGGUCGGGCUCUCCACGGAUGAUGUGCCAGAAUGGGUACCUGCACUGGCUCUCCAUUGAUGACGGCAACUUGAAGGUCUUCGACGGCCAAGACGGCAAGAUCGUGGACUUGAACCAGUCCCCCAACACCGCCGCCUACCUCCUCGAGCUCCUCGAGCUCCAGCGGCGGAGAGAGGGGACCUCCAGCACCGGCGGACAACAGGUUACAGCAGCGGCGGCGAGAGGCGGCUCCAGCAGCUUCGGGUCCAUCCUCCUCGAGCUCCAUCGCCAGCGAGAGGGGAGCUCCAGCAGCUUCGGGUCCAUCCUCCUCGAGCUCCAUCGCUGGCGAGAGGGGAGCUCCAGCAGCAGCGACGAGAAGCGGCUCCAGGCGCCGGCAGAGCGCGGGAGGCCGCUGUUGGCCCGCGGCGCGAGAGAUCGCCGGCGCGGAGGCCGUCCGCCCGCGUGCGCGAGACUCCGUUUGAGGGACGCGCGAUUCCGGCGGCGGUCGACCGCGAGGGGCGCGAUUCCGGAGGCGGUCGACCGCGAGGGGUGCGCGAUUCCGGCGGCGGUCGAUCGCGAGGGGCGUGUGAGUCUCCGGCCGGAAGCUCCGAUCCCGAACGCGCGAGUCCGCCGGCGCCCGCGAAGUUUCCUGCUUAGAUUGGGGAUGCGUUGGUGAUAAUUUCGAAAUACAAAAGGUGGAAAUGCAAAAGUUCAUUUACACUAGCGCUCCGACAUGUAAUUCGUGACGGAGGGAGUACCAAAAAUGAUUUUUGCAAAAAAUCACGAGCAAACUAUGCAUUGCACGUAGUUCAGAUUUGGCCCACUACGUACUAAAUUGGCUGAAAGUUGUAUAAAUGAUGAGAAAUUCCUCAAAAUAAUUGACACGCAAUAGGUAUUUGAAUUGUCCAUAAAAUAUUUCCUUGUAUUUCGUAAAAUAGAAGUGGUGCCUUUUUGCACCGUAUUUUUUUUGUACCUGAUUCUUAAAAGACAUGCAGUACUUACAAAAUGUAAAAUGAUUUUUAUACACAAAAGUUGAAAAUGCA